AUGGAGAGUCCCCCAACUACAAGGAAUGUGCCAUUCAUGACCUGUAUGAAGGCAGAAGCCUGCCAUGCCAUUAUGCAGGUGUACAUUACUCUGCAAACUCUUCUGAUGCGUGAAGGUAGAGGAGAUGCAGUGUCUGACUGCAUGGAUCUUCGUCCAAAGUCUGAAAACGAUGGUUGGCUGUUGAGCAUCGUUCAGAAGACCAUAGAUGGGCAAUUGACAGGAGAGGAACAGUCGUUGGUCAAAUUCGACCGGGCCCUGGCUACAAGAGGGGCUUCAGGCGGAGUCGCCGCAGAUACGAAAGCCAUACCGCCCCAGUUUAUUCCCAUUUCCCAGUUGGUUCUUUUGACACUAAAAACACGCGGAGAAAUGAAGCAGCCAUGA